CUCUCGUUACUCGAUAGUUAUGAAAUUAAGAAGGAAUGUGUUUUCUGUGUAAACAGAUUAUUUUAAUUCCAUGACCGUUGAUCGUCACUUGAUUCUGGGAAUUUCCCUUCCUGUUUGGGUUUCUCAGAAAGCACCCUCCAAGUCGUUCUUUGACACAUUGAAUGGCGAGAUAUCAUAUCCCUAAACUUCUGUUGAGGAAAAGACAAGGCAAACCUAAGGGAAUGGCUUCAGAAGUUAAAGAAAAUCCGUCCGAUGAUUUUAAGAAUCCAUACAUUGCCGUGGUGGCGAUAGACUUUGGCACUUCAUACACUGGCUUUGCAUUUUCAUUUAACAAAGGUAAUGAACAAGACGCGAUUUUCAUGAACCGGGACUGGACGAAUGAACAGGGAGGCAGAACGAGCAAGACUCCGACCUGCCUGCUCCUUAAUCCAGAUCUCAGUUUUAACUCGUUUGGCUACGAUGCAAUGGAAAACUAUGCACAGCUACAAAAUGAACACGAGGAGCAGAAGUACUUCUUCUUUCAGCAUUUUAAAAUGGCACUCCACAACGAUGAGAAACUUAACAAGGAAACAUCCAUUAAAGCUGCAAAUGGAAAAGAGGUUAAGGCCCAGACUGUGUUUGCACUUUCAAUCGAGUUUCUGAAAGACGAAGCAAUCAAAAUUCUUGCCUUGGACACCGGUGAUGACCAAUUUAAGACAGACGAUAUUCAAUGGGUACUAACUGUUCCUGCAAUAUGGACUCCAGCAGCUAAACAGUUCAUGAGAGAAGCAGCCAAUCAGGCCGGAGUUGGAAAGCAGACUAAUCCUGGCCAGUUAAUUAUCGCCUUAGAGCCCGAAACUGCCGCAAUUUUCUGCAUGGAACGAAAGAAUAUAGAAAGAGAAUGUAACAGUGAUUUCAAAGAUGAAGAGCUUUCAAAACCAAAAACACGGUAUAUGGUCGUUGAUAUAGGAGGUGGGACAUUAGAUGUGGCCAUACAUGAGGUUAUAGAGAAAGGCAGCAUCAAAGAGAUUGACAAAAUAACGGGUGGUCCCUAUGGCGGGAUCAGAGUGAACCAAGAGUUCGAAAGGCUCUUGGGAGAUUUGUUCGGAGUAGCAAGGCUGAAUGCGUACAAAGAGAAGUUUCCGUCCGAUUGGCUGGCUCUGAUGAACGACUUUGAAGGGAAAAAGCAAGGAUUUCGUAUGUUGGAAGGAAAAAUGACAAGAAUCCGUUGUGCGGCAAGCUUUGCUUCUGUGGUUGAGCAAAACACAGUUAAGGAGCGUUACGAUGAGAAUGAUGUUAGGUUGAGGAGGAAUGAAUAUCUUUGCAUAAGCCCAAAAAUCAUGGAAGUAAAGUUGUUCGCACCUGUCUUAUCUGACAUCAGGGAUCAUUUGAAAAGACUGCAGGAAAGGACAAAGGCUUUAAAUGUUACAACCAUGAUUCUAGUGGGCGGAUUCGCGGACUCUCCGAUUCUUCAGAAUGAGAUUAAGAAUGAGUUUUCAAAGGAUUUUCGAGUUGUGGUCCCCCGAAAUGCCGCUAUAGCUGUAGUUCAAGGUGCUGUAUUAUUUGGAAAGAAUCCAGCCAAAAUAACGGAAAGGGUCAUGAGCACAACUUAUGGUGCCGAUUGCUCUCGGGAUUUUGACAAAUGCGUUCACCCUUCCGCUAAGUUUUUUUUAGCCGAUGGUCGCCCGAAGUGCAAAGACUUAUUUAGCUGCUUUGUGAAGGAGGAUGAGGUCGCACGGUCAGGUCAUACUGUCAAGAAGAUGUAUACCCCCCUUCAUGCAAAUGACACUCAACUUACAUUUGGAUUUUAUGUUGCAAAAAAUCCCGAAUGUAAGUUUAUCACCGAUGAAGGAGUAACUAAGAUUGGAAGUGUCACUGUCAACUCUCCAGAUACUUCUAAAGGGCGAAGCAGAAAUAUUGAAGUCACUAUGCACUUUGGAGGAACAGAAAUCGUCGCCACAGCAAUAGAUAUUUCGAGUGGAAGCACAGCUCAAACCACUCUGGAUUUUUUCCAUGACUAACCGCUAUCAAAGAAAUGUAAUAGCACUCUAUUAUUCUGUAAGAAGCUGGUGUCGAUCUGAAACUUUAUGGCAAGUGCUAUGCACAGCGGCGUAGAACAAUUUGUGUAGUAGAAAUAAUUUUAAUUGCGAAUUUUAAAGUUGUAAGUGCUGCUUGUAGGAACGAGGAUGAAAAAAGACGCACCAAGGAAAUUUGGCUUUUUUAGAUAUCAAAUUUUCUAUCGAAGGCGACGGUCUAUUCACUAGCUUAAGUGUGAACUACAAACCUACAGAUUCUUAUAGCUCCUUAUGAUAUUCAUCUUUGCAUCCAUCGCAUGUCAAGAAUUCCACUUUUUCCUGAUAAAUUAACCGUAACAAUUUUUUAGUUUAUAAAUAAAAUAAGAGAGAUGACAAAUUUGAGCCCGGUAAAGAACUAGAGAAAGAUGUUGUUCGUCUUGUCACGAGCGUGAGACAAAGAAAAAAUUCUGAGUCCCCAUGAGGAAACGAACCCUAGACCUUCGGAUUCUGCGCUCCGAUGCUCUACCACUGAACAGAGACUCUGCGGUGAGCGAGGUCUAUUACGAAGUUCAAAAGCCACGCGUUCUGCAUACCGCUUAGAUCAGCAAUAUCGAAAGCAUCUAUUUACAAACAUGACAAAUGUAUUCGGUGGCCUGAUAUAAAAAGUCACUUGAUCAAAAAUACAUCUUUCAAAAAUUUUACUUAAAGCUGAAAGGAAUGAUAUGCGACGAAAGUUGAUACUUGAGGAGCGACAGCCUUGUUUGAAGAUUAAGAUAACUUUGGCAAUUUUUAAACUGUCUAGAAAUAUGCCUUGCCUUAAUUAACAUAUCUCAAUGGGCUAGCAAUCUCAGUGGGCCAACAGAAAGUUUAAAUAUUGCAUGGUUAACGAAUGAACACUUUUUGGAAUUACAACUGGGUACAGUCUCUUCAAAGCAAUCGAUUAUUAUAGGUUUACCUACUUCGUUACAAAUAUGUAUCAGUUAUUGUUUACAAGAAUCAUCGAAAGGCUACAGGAUUUUUAUCGGCAGGAGUCAGCAUGUUCCUUGUUACCCGCUAAAAAGCACUCUUAGAUCAUCUUUCGUUAUAUCCUUUGACUAGCACAAUCUAAUUAAACGGUUAAGUCAUCUUGUGAACGUGUUCUGCUUUGUUCUGCGAAAUACUGCAUUCCAAAACUUGCUGCUAAAACACAUGGCGGCGUUACAAUUUACCGCUGAUGGAGUCAUUUAAUCGUCACCCAAUGCCGCCGUUACAUUGAGGGGGUAGGGGAAGAGCUGUGAGAAGGGCUAAACUGUACGUAGAUUGCAG